AUGCUCAGCGGCCUCAUUGGUAAGGAGGAGGAGUCUCAGCUUUGCCCCCUCACCCCCCCUCCUCCUCCUCCUCGCACUGAACAAACAGCUGGACACACAGACGGGUGUGGCUCUCCCCUCCCUCCUCUUCCUCCCCUCUCUCCCCCUCUUCCUCCUCCCGUCUCCUCCCCGCCCCCCUGCCCCUUCUCCCCCCUCCGGCCCCCCGUCCCCUGCCACCAUGCUGUGGUCACACUGCUGGUGGAGAGCCUGAGGAAGCAGAGGCUGGAAGGCGACCCUGCUCAGCCGGGGGACUUCUACCUGUCCCUGCUGGACCCGAAAACCCUCGCAGAGUGCUGCCCCCCUGAUGGCUUGAUGCCUGAGAGCAGCUACUGGCAGCUCUGCCCUCCCUCCAAGUCUGGCCUGCAGGGGGGGUUGCUGAGCUCUAGUUUCCCCCCCGGCCCCGUGCCCCUGGUGCCCCCGGAUGCUCACCUGCAGGAGGGGGGCGACCCCCUUGACCGGACCGGGCCUCAGCCGCAGCAGCACCGGCCGCUUGCGCCCAGCACCUCGGCGUCUGAGCUGUCCCUCCCCGGAGCGGCGGCGGGGGCAGCGCCUCCCGCCCCGGGCCUUCCCCCGCCUCCUCCCCCGCCCCCCAAACGCCACUGCCGUUCGCUGUCGGUGCCCGAGGACCUGUCACGCUGCCGCUACACCUGGAGGCCCAGUGCGUCGCGGGUCUGGACCCCCGUCAGCCGGCAGCAAUGCCACGGAGCCGGGGGAGGGGUUACAGGUGGAGGGACAGGCGUGGGAGGAGGGGUUAUAGGGGCCGGCACUGCUGGGGGCGGAGUCUGUCCUCUCCGCGCCCCCAGCUCCUCCCUGAACUCGUCACUUCACUCCUCGUCCAGCCCCACCUUCUUCAGCCUGGCGCUGUCUCCAGACUCCCCGCUACCCUGGAGCUUCCCCUGGGACCCCAGCGAGGCGGCGGCGGGGGGCGGAGCCUGCUGCUGCUUCUUCCCCUCCCCCUCCUCCUGCUCCUCCUCACCCUCUCCUCUCCACCCGCCUCCCCCUCCUCAGAGGCGUUUCUCUCUCUCCCCCGUGCUCAUCAGAGACUCGGCAGCCUCCACCUUUCUGCCACCACAUCCCGUGCCGAGGCAGGCGGCGGUGGCGGCGGCGGCACCCCCACCGGGCGGCCCCGCCGCUGCCGGAGCAACUGUGGGGGGCCCGGUGCCCGCUUCGCCUUCCUCCGCCUGCAGCACGCCGUCGUCCCUGCGCCGCAGCCUGCCGCCACAGCUGCCGCGCUGCCACUCACAGCCCUGCGACCUGCUGCUGCUCAAACCGGGUCUGAAGAGACGGCGAGACCCCGACAGGCCGUGCGCCCGACCCGUCCUCGACUUCACCAAGAUGACUCAGACCCGCAGCAUCGACCCACACUGUCUGGAGCGUGGCGGCGGCAGGCUGGCCUGCGGCGGUGACGUCUGCAUGGGCAUGGAGUCCUUCAUGGGCGACUUCCGGGGCUCCUGCUCUCCGGCCGAGUGCCUGGGCCGGACCAGCAUCGGGCCGCUGAGCGAGAGCGACGAGGAGUGUCGCGAGGACGAGGACGACGAGGACGACGACGGGGAGGAGGAGGACGCGGGCGAGCGGGAGGCGGCACAGCAGGCGGUGUUUGAGAGGGAUUGUACAGAACUCGACUUGAACUUAAUAGAAGAAAACUGACGUAUUUGUAAAUGAAGGCUGUUCUCUGUUUCAGUUCUUUUAGUUUAGUUUUAUUUUGAAUGGAUCUGAACCCCCCUCGCCCCUUCCUGGACCCCCUCGACACUCUGCGCCUCCUUGCCACCAAUCAGCAAGGCUCUCAGGAACAACACCUUCUCUCAUUGGACGAGCUGCGGCGAAGGAAGCCGACGACAGUGAUGAUGUGACUACGACCGCCGCUUUUUAAACCUUCUGCUGUUUGAUUUGAAAAAACCAGGAUGUUGGAGGUUUAACUCCGAUGCCUGCGACGAACGGAAACCUCGACGCUCUGAGUCACUGCCGCGCCGCGCCGGGCCGGGCCGGUUCAGGUCAGGUGUGUGGCUGGACUCAGACUGUCCCGGGGUCCCUCGGCGUCCUCGCCUCCUGGGGUCUUCCAGCACAGAGACUGACACACUGUGGUCUGACGAGGCCAUCGCCGCCGCAGCACUGACCCGACGCGUCACCGCCACAAUUGAAAUGGCCAGGUCGCCCAAAUCAAAAAAAAGAAAUUUAAGACAAAAUUGAAAUAUACGUCAAAAUUCAAUUCCACACGAAAUUGAUAAUUUUGUCCCCUUUAAUCAGAUCAAUAUGGAUUUCCCCGAUUCCGAUAUUAUGGAGUAAAAAAUUUCUGAUACGGUCAUAUCACCUGAUUUGAGACGUCCUUAUCAAACUGACAUUUUACAGUUUAACCAGAAACUUUAUUAUAAAAACAAAUAUGUAGAAAAUUCACAUUAAUUCACAUAUUUAUUUCUAUUAUUUAUUCAUUGAAAUAAGUUUUCAUAUUAGCAGACAUAAAUGCAGAUAUCUCUGUGUAAGCUGAUUUUAAUUUAUAUUUAUCAAGGCGUCGCCGUUUUAUUCAUCAUUUAAUUUUUUAUUAUAAGAAAUAUGAAAAAAACAACUCCUCACUCAUGUUACCUUGGCGUGGCGAUGCGUUCGGGUUGGAUGGUGCGUUGUGGCGUCGUCCCGUCGGGCUGCACUGAGGGCAGGUCGCCACUGAUGCUGUUGUUCACCUGAGUGUUCGCACAUUCCCCCGACUCACAGCUGUCACUGAAAACACUUACAAAUACUCAUGUGUGCGUGCGUGCGUGUGCGCGCGCGAUAUGUUUAAUCCCACUGGUGCUCGUGUGACUUGGGUCCAGAUUGAAUCCAGAUUGUUUCCUGACGACAAAUGCAGAAACACUUAAAGCUGCAGUGUGUAAUAUUUAGCGACAUCUGCUGGUGAAGUUGCAAACAGCAGCCAACACGAUUUAGUCUUCUACAACUACCUGUAGGUUUGCGUUGUUUCCCGCCAUUGUCGGUUAUUAAUUCUUUUCUGUCUCCCGUUAUCCUCCGUUUUGCAAACGCUGGGUUCUGAAGCUCUUUCGCCUGCACCGUCGAUCGACACAGACACGCAGAGACGCGCCAACCGCUGAUUUACUUGGUUUCCGGCAACACUGAAAUAUUCAACGCCAGUUUGGGCAACAUGAUGGAGCAAACAUGGCGACUUACAUGGAAUUCGAUUCCAACAAUAUAACCAAAUGAACGGCAGGUGUUUAUACAUAUAUGAACACCAUUAUGGACAGUAUAUUCAAUUUCUGUGAAUGAGUUCUUCUAAAUAUCACACACUGUAGCUUUAACACAUCCCACACGGAGGCUUUGUAUUUAUCACUUUCAGUCCUUUUCCGUAGUGAAGCCAAACCAUCGCAGCUGCAGUAAAGGUCAUAAGCCCCGCCCCCUCCACGUUAGCAGAUGGUCAACGCAAAUUUCUGACCUGCCAGAAAGAAAACUAAUCAAUGGACAGACGGGGAAACAUCUGAGGGGGUUGAUCGGGCGUCAUACCUCCGUUCCAGUUGUUCUCCGUGUUCCAAAACCCACUUUUCUACCAAAAGAAAUCCACAACAAUUUUCCACGGAACAAAGCAAACGUCAGUGUAAAGUGUUAAACGUCGUACGAACACGAGCGUGAAACUGGAGAAAUCUGAUCAAAUGAGGAAAAGUUCAAUGAGACACUUUUCAUAAACGUGUUUUUACAGACGCGUUUUAAAUCACAUUUCCAUCUGCGAUCUGGAAUUAAUCUCGAUGUCGAGGAUGAACAGAACCACCGGAAGUGAACAAGUCGUGUGAUUAAUUCAUUUAUUUUUCCCUUAAAUUUUCACAAAUUAACAAAACCGAGUGUCAAUUUACAUAUUCAACAGUUUUUGUACUGAGACUCAUUCUCCACAUUCCUGCCGAUCACCUGCGGCGCUGAGAUGAUCCAUCACAGUCUGCGUGUUCCAGGUCGAACUUUAGGUUCUCGUCAACGUGUCGUAUACACAAGACGUAAGACGAUGCUCAAAACCCUCGGAGAGCGAUGUUGUAAACGAAAGACAAUCAAAGUAAUCAAGAACAACUCGAAAAAUAUGUACACGAAGCCCCUGUAAAACACACACACACACACACACACAAAGUAAUACACAUCGUCCUUAUAACACAAACAGAAAAGUUUUUUUUUUUUUUAAAUCUGUGUCCUCGAUCUCUGAUGUCCAAUGGUCCUCGAAUGCACCAAAAAAAGGAUUUUAACAUUGCCCAAAAAAUGAUCAGCGGGUACGUGAGUGCCGACUGUGAUGGAUUAUCAUCACGUCAUUUUUGGCGACUUUACUGUUAAAUUUUCGGAUAUUUUUCUUUUCUUCUUUUAAGGAGAAAUGAAUUCACUUAGUAAAAGAUUAGAUGGUUUGUUUGUGUGUUAGCAAGAUGUAGACGUUUGUUUGCGUGAGAGACGCUCCACAGUAGGAAAAAAAGUCUAAAAGGGUCAAACCCACAAAAUUUAGAAAAUAAUUUGAAGAUAUGAAAUAUAUCAAAGAAAAAAAAAACGUCUCCAGAAAGAUUGUUGGGUUUUUGUCAGAAUGACAGAACCACACACACACCCCUCCAUCCACCCCCCUCUGGUUUGUUUCUGCUGAUUGGUCCAUUACGUCCAGCAUAAGCCUUAACUGAACAUAUUCUACUAUUCUGUAAAUCAAAAUGUUGAAAAGAGGAAGAAAAAAAGAAAAGACAAACCUAACGGAGAAGAAAAGGAAAACGUGUACUGUAGCUGUUCAAUUUUUAGUCCUUCUGUUUGUUACUUUCUGCUGUUUUUUCUUAAUAUUUCUAAUCUGAGCGCGGCGCGAUGUCGUGAUGAUGAUGAUGAACGCAUCAUGUUUGGAAGAAGAAAAAGGAGGAGGAGCGGUCGUGUACAAAGUUAGCGCAGAGACUCGGACAUCUCUUGUCUUUUAGAAAUGUUUUUUAUUGUAUGUGAUUAAAUGAAAAAAAACGACAACAACAACAACAACAACAACAACAUGGCAAUUUGACAAGCAGUUUGUGAAUAAAUUAAGUUUAAUGAGAAUUAUUUUACAAAGAAAGGAGAAAAA